GAUCCCCACUCGUUCGGGGCUUGGGCGCCUUGGGCGUGACACUAUCAUGAUCGAUGAUGUGAAGUGCGGUCGUGCGCCGAGUAUAAGAGUCCGUUUUCUCGAGUGCCUUCAUUAUCAGUUCAGCGUAGGAACCGGCGGUGCGCAGGAGCUUCAUUCGGUGCACGGUGCAGAGUGUUGAGAUAAAUCCAGCGAAAGUUCGUUAAUAUGAGUGCCACAAACGCUUUGACCGAUUUAAAGCUGAUCGAUGAUUCCGUUUCGAUCGGUGAGGUGAUUCGUGAAGUUGUCCGCACCGGACCGUACGAGGACCCGCUCCAUGUGCUCGACUUGGACGAUCUGGUGCAGAAACACUACGGCUGGUGCGCCAAGCUGCCCCGCGUCAAACCAUUCUACGCGGUCAAGUGCAACGACGACUCGCGCAUCCUGCAAACGCUGCACGCGCUCGGCGCAGGGUUCGACUGCGCAUCGAAGGGUGAACUGGACCGCGUCCUUUCGCUGGGCGUUCGGCCGGAAAACAUCAUCUUUGCGCAACCGGCCAAAUCGCUGUCGUCGUUACUGUACGCGCGCUCGAAGCAGGUACAGACGAUGACGUUCGAUGGCGCCCUGGAGCUGGACAAGAUUCACCGACACUAUCCGGACGCACGGCUUGUCCUGCGGAUACGGCACGACUCGGCGAAGGUACGGGUGACGCUGGGGAAAAAGUUUGGCUGUGAUCCGGUGAAGGACGCACCGGAACUGCUCCGGCGGGCGCGGGCCCUGCGGAUGUGUGUCGUCGGUAUCAGCUUCCACGUGGGUUCGGAUUGCAGCGAGGCGGAGGUGUACCACGAGGCGGUGAAGGUUGCCAGUGGUCUGUUUGAGUACGCCCGCAGCAUCGGCUACUGCCUGAGUCUGCUGGACGUCGGAGGAGGCUUUCCGGGAGAUAACAAUAAACCGCUCGAUCCGUACGCGACGGCGAUCAACGCGGCCAUCAAUCACUACUUCCCGCCGGAGACGAACGUACGGAUCAUGGCGGAACCGGGACGCUACUAUGUGGCGUCGGCAGUGACACUGGUGACCUUCGUGGACUCGAAGCGCGUUGAGAGGGAAGGCUUGGCAGACGGCACGGAAGCCACCGUGAUGCAUUACUAUCUCAAUGACGGCGUGUUUGGGUCGUUUUUCUGCACGGCCCACGAAGGGCAGGUCACUAUUCCGAUCGUAACGCGCAAGGCCGCUCCUGUCCAGUACCGAUCGAUGGUUUGGGGUCCGACCUGCGAUUCGAUGGAUCUGAUCUUGUCCGAUGUGCGGCUUCCCGAACUGGAGAUCGGCGAUAGUGUGGUGUUUGAGAACGUCGGAGCUUACGGCCAAGUGCUUGCGUGCCGCUUCAACGGGUUCUCCCUGCCCAAGGUGGUCGCUUAUCUCCGCGAAGGAACGUGGAAAAUUUUACAAGAACUGAUCCGAUCGUCGCCAACCACCCAGACCCAGAUCGCCGACCCGGAUGGUAAACUGCUUGUGUCUCACCAAUCCUACACCCCGUCGGCGGAAACCACGUUGUCUGUUUGACGUUAGACUUAACAGUGCGA